AAAUGUAUUUUAGUUAUUUAUAUAUUGAAUGACAUUUUACAAUGAAGUGUAUUUUCUCCUCACCUUGUCUCGCCUCAUUAGGAAGAGAAUGUCCUCGGCAGAAAUGACUCUGGACCCCCGGAGCAGCGCCCCCUCGCAUGCCUGAUGUAACUGAUGUAUAAAUCACAGAAUCUCCGUCACAAUACAGAACAGCAAGUUCUCCUGGGAAAAUUCUGCGUUACCAUGGCAACGAGUUGCGUGUGGACAAUGUCCUCCACCAGAGCAGCUGUCUCGUGCAGUGGUCUGCGAGCAUCUCCCAGAGCAAACCUGGACGACACAAACAUGCAAGUGACAGCCAUUGAUUAUCUAAGCUCUCUUCCCAAAAAUCCCUCUUAUUUGGAGCUUUUGAAAGCUCCAAAGGAAAGGUAAAUAAAAUUAUUUAAAAAAAAAACAAACAACUGACCACAUCAUACAGUAUGUCUGAUGAAACGUUUGUUUGUCCGUUGUUUUUCUAGUUCCACCAGUUUCAGCCAGCGAUUUUAAGCUUAUUCCCGAGACCCGAGAAACUUCACCAAGGACAUGUCAAGCGUAAGUUACCAAUCACACCCAGCCAUCCAUCAAUUCAAACAAUGAUUUAUCCAUCCAUCCUUUCAUCCAUCCAUCCAUCCAUCCAACUAUCCAUCAAUUCAAAUAAUGAUUUGUUUAUCCAUCCAUUUGUCCAUUAACAGCUGAUUACCCAUUAAACACAAACUUUUCUUACUUACUUUUAUAUUGUGUAUUAUUUUGAAUGUAUAAAAAUAUUAAAAAAUACAAUGGUUUUAAAUUAAUAAAGUUCUAUCUAUCUAUCUAAUAACAUCUGUACAUCAAAUACAUUUUUAAUUCACAAUAAAAAAAAAAAAAAUCAUGGCUCCUACAAACAUGCACGUGCACGUGCACACAACAACACACAAACACAGGCUUUGUGAGCAAAAAAAAUAUGGUCAAACCUCAAUUUGCAUCCAGUGAAGCCACUUCCCUGCUGACAAACUAACCUCAACCCACAUCCUGAGGCUCUUCCCUCCUCUCCUUCCCUCCCUGUCUGCCUCCCCCCCCUCCCCCCCCUUCCCCCUCUUACUCUCUCCUCUGUUAGUCAGAUACAAACACCUGACAGCUGAUUGGCCACCAAUCACGCAGGUGACACCCCAUCUGGUUUGGUGUUGCAGGCAGGUUGGCUCAAUCUUGGUUUUCGGGUUUUACAAUUUGGGGUUUAGUUGGGUUUUAGUCUGUCUGACCACCAACUUCGAUUACCUGCAGCCCACAUCUGAACAGCAGGUUUCUAUGGCUUCCAACAGUCUUUUCAGCAACAGCAGCCCAAUGCUUUACUGGGAUCCCUUAGUCAAGCAUCGGCCGACACCAGCUCCUCCGCAACCAUUCAACAACCACCAACUGGAUGAGCAGGAGGUGCGGACCCGCCACCACAACAAAAAGGUGUCCCCCAGAGGCUUGAUUCAGACUGACAGCCCUAACUUUCUCUGCAGCAGCCUUCCACAACACUGGAGAUGUAACAAGACCUUACCAGGAGCCUUCACUGUGGUUGCCCUGGGCAACGAUGUCCCAGAUGGUGUGGUGGUCACAGUAAUGGCUGGGAAUGAUGACAACAGCAGCGCAGAGCUACGAAAUGCCACAGCGACCAUGAAGCACGGCUGCGCCCAGUUUAAUGACCUCCGUUUCGUGGGCCGCAGUGGACGAGGAAAGAGCUUCACUCUCUCUAUCAAUGUGCUGACCUCGCCCCCACAGAUCGCCACCCUACAAAGAGCGAUUAAAGUGACUGUGGAUGGACCACGACUACCACGGCGACAAAGGCAGAAGGAGUUGAAGUCAGCAGUUUUCUGUCCUUCAGACUGCAAACCCCGCCCCUUCUCCCUGUGGACUAAAGAGCCCUCCUUCCGUGGCCAUGUGACCUCUUUGACCUCCUCCUUCGUUCCAAGUCCCAAAAUGCACCACAUACCCGCCCUGUCCUACUCCUCCCAACCGCCUCCAUACAGCUCAUACCUGUCUUCUCCUCCUCUACCUCCACCUCCUUCCACUGCUCCCCUCAGCCACUGUGGUCCGUUCCAACCUGGCGGCUUUUACUACGGCUCCAACCAGCCGCUCCAGGCAGCAGCAGAGGAGGACAGGAGUUUCGUUUCUGCGUUGAGCAAUUACAUCGACGGGACUUGUAUUUCUAUCAGAGGUGAUGAACCUGUCUGGAGACCUUACUAAUCACUCAACGUGUUGUGUCACUUGAUGGCCACUUGGCCACAUCCGGUCUGAUUAGACGUCAAGUGGGGUCGGACCAGUACAAUCGUAACAUAAUUACCUAUUAAUAACAAUGCGUCCAUGUCUUUCUGCUUUGUUUUAACGCAAAUAAGUACAAGCUUCUGUCCCCUAGCUUCUGUGAUGCUUUGACCCAUCACCUUAGCGAGCAGGCGGCACUUAACUUCCUUAUCCACCAGGCCACCAUUGCCCCUCAAUAUCGGAAUCGCAAAUCAAGUGUUCGGACAAUAUCGACGUAUCGGAUAUCUGCAAAAAAGUUAAUCUCUGACAUCCCUAAUAUUUAACGUAAUAUCAUCAACAUGUAGCGU